AUGGGUGGGGGGUGUGGACUGGAGGGGGGGAGAACGGGGCCAGGGAUGAUGAUGAUCCUGAUUUCCCCCGGGGGCCACAUCUGCCCUCUCCGAGAGCCCCAUCCUGCAUUCCAGGAGCAUUCCAGCAGCAGCAGCAGCAGCCAACAGCCCCCUCCUCAGACAGACACCUCCACCCCCAUCUCCCCCAUAACACCCACAAGUGUUCACAACGUCAGCUGA